CGCAACAGGAGAAGCUUGGACAGGAUCCGGAAGAGAGUUCGCAUUAUAUGUCACACUUUGUGGACACAUAUUUAUCGAUGGAUCCACAGCCUCCACUAAAGCCAUGGGAAAGGCGGAUUCCAGGGGCGAUGAGUGCGCCUAUAAACUACAGAUCUGCAAACUUUGGACCGGCUGCAGGCCCCUCCGUCUCUGCGGGCCCUCCUGUCCUGACCCGGAUGGUGCCCCCAGUGCCCCCCCGUCCCAUCCAGCAGGCUUACCGUCCCUCUUACAGCUCCUUCGCCUCCUCUUACAGCCCCUAUGGGAGCUCCAUGUAUGGGGGCUACAGCCCCUACAGCUAUGGCGGUGGUGGUGGCUACAGCCAGGGAGGGUACAGCCGCCUCUCAAACACGGAAGAAGUUGCCCCCAGCCGCUUCGUGCAACACGCGGAGGAGAGCAGCCGCGGCGCCUUCCAGUCCAUCGAGAGCAUCGUUCAGGCCUUCGCCUCAGUCAGCAUGAUGUUGGACGCCACCUUCUCUGCGGUGUAUAACAGUUUCCGUGCUGUGCUGGACGUGGCCAACCACCUGACACGGCUGCGUUCACACCUGACCAGGGUUUUGUCGGCCUUUGCUUUGGUACGCACCCUGCGCUACCUCUACAGACGGUUGCAGAGGCUUCUGGGGCGAAGGUCGGACGUAGACGACUUGUGGGCCGACAGCGCCGGUGAUGCCCUGGCGACAAGUAGCUCCGGAGGGGAUGGAGCAGGGAUUGAAGGUCAACCCGUGAAGUCCUGGCCGAUCUUCCUGUUUUUCGCUGUAGUCUUGGGGGGGCCCUAUCUCAUCUGGAAACUGCUGAGCUCAGGCCCUGGCUCUGAAGAGAGUGUCACUAACUGGGCCAGCGGGGAGGACGACCACGUGGUGGCCCGAGCCGAGUACGACUUUUUAGCCGCGUCUGAGGAGGAGAUUUCCAUGCGGGCCGGAGACAUGCUCAACCUCGCCCCUAAAGAGCAACAGCCCAAGGUCCGCGGCUGGCUGCUGGCCAGUGUGGACGGACAGACCACGGGACUCGUCCCCGCCAACUACGUCAAGGUCCUGGGCAAGAGGAGGGGCUUAAAGCACGCAGAGGCGGAGAGGCUCGCCCAGGUGCAGCAAGGGAACACUGCUGCACACCCACAGUCAAACCCCGCCCAAGGCUUCACCCCAGGCCUCGGUUCAGCCUUCGUCUCUGUCUCCUCAGAGGCGCUGCUGGAUUCGGCGUACAGGGAAACGCCGGCCCCCUUCAGUCCAGGAACAUCCAACUCCAGCAUGCCAUCCAGCACGGUGCUUAACAUCCCCGAGAAGAAUGACCUGUGAUGUCUGUGCGUGCGUUUCUCUGUAUGCAAGUCUGUGUGUGUUCACAACAUCAGUUGGCUCAGUCAGUAUUCGUUUGCAGCGUUUAACUCUAAAGCUUGACUUAUAAUCAGCUGACGUAGAUAUUAGGGGAAACACGGCAGACCUCCCUUAAGAAUUUUUUAAAAGCAGUUCCUAGGCUUAUUAUUCAAAUCAUCCAACACCACCUGGACCUUUUUGAUAUGGUUAAAAGUCAUAAGCGGUCUCCAUAAAAAGGUUCCCUGUUUUACGUUUCUGUUUAGAACCAGUGUGUCUCAAAUUAGGAGGUUGUCCUUACAUUUCUUGUGCAAGAAAUAAGGUUUAGUGUGUUCUAUAAAUACGGUUCACUGCCGUUCUUAAAUCAUGUCUUAUUUAAGAUGUAAAUCUUGAUAUUGUUUAAUAACAAGAAUUAGCUCAUUAUUUAAGUUUAUGAGGCGCAUUGAUAUAUCAUCUGAAUACUGACAGUGCAAGGACAAAGUUUCAUGAGGUAAUUAUGUCUUUGGCCCUCACUUGUAGGCUGCUUUAUCCUCUGCCUUGUCUGCUUUGUGAGGCAAAUGUAAUUGGAUUCAUUCAGAAUGAGAAGGGGCUCACUUUGCACAACAUCAGCUGUUAGUUAGUCCCAGAUUGUAAUUUUGUAAAUAUUUAAUAUAAUUAUUUUGAAAAUAAAAAAGUUUUAAAUCGU